AUGUCAGUCAGCCUGAGACUGGGUGAUCAAAAGUGCUCCGUGACGGACUCGCCUGCUCAAUCGCCAGCUAACAGCUUCCUGGAUACGGCUGACCGUCAUAACAAGGCGGCCACAUUCGGGAGAAAUGGUGGUUAUCUCGAAGUUGGAGAUUUAUCAUACACUGGAGAGUCCAGAAGUCAAGAAGGGGUACACAGCGCGAUGACACGAGGCAUGUCAUCGAGUGAAAAUGAAGGUAAACAAGCCUGCGGAGGGUUCAGGACGGCGCCCUGGCUCCCGCCAUCCUACGCUGCUCGUGGCUAUGGCUCUGUUCUGGAUAUAAUAUUGCGAAGUUCGCGCUUGCGUGGGGUCAGUGCCGAUGGCAGUACGCGUCUGUGCACCGCUUGCCCAGAAAUUGACCUUACUAGCUUCACCCCUGAAAGUAUAAUUGAAAAGGGCGCUGGCCAGAUGACAGCACCCAACAAACUCUGGGAAGAUCGGGUACACGAGGCAUUUCUCGCCUGGCAAGCGCCCAUCUUUGAAUAUAUGAUCAUUGCCAGAUCGGGGCUCCCUGUGGGCGUGGAGAUCAAGUUUGCUUGGACCGAGAAAGCAUACUUAUCUCAGUGUGCUAUCGAUGAGAUCUCUGAGCGAGCAUCGCGAUUUUUCGGCGCCCUCGUUAUAUACAUGGAAUUGCGUCGGGUUGAGUCACAUCCACCAAAACGCGCCUCGUAUUCCCUUCGAGAAGCCUACCCUUCCUACCUAGUGAAUGCCAUGAUAGAGACCUCCAUGGGCACAUUAUCGCGCUCGUGUGCUAAGAUCAGUGAUUCGAACUUCAGGACCCCUCAUCUUUGGGAGAUUUCCGGCCGGAAGCCAUCAUUGCUUCUAGAAGUCGAAGACACGUCAGGUUCCUCAAGACGUCCCGCAACCGAAGUUGCAACGUGGGGGUCUGAUAGAGAAGAAGGCGAAGGUAUUAUUGACUUGGGUGGAGUGAAAGAGCAAUCGCGACAUAUACUGUACGACAGCCAGCUGAACUGGCAGAGAAAGGCUCCCGGGGUGUCUCCAACUUCUACGUCGAGGCAGAGUACGCCCGACUUACAUCCAGAUUAUAGUCCAUUGAGCGAGACAACAAGCGCGCCAUAUACCCCUCAAGCAUCAUCUUUCGAAGGGCCGUUAGAUGAGGCGCACGAACCGGCAGUUGCUGAACAUACUUGCAACGACGAUCUCGUCGCGAGCAUCAGGGAGUCUGGGGUGAUCAAUCCUAUUCAACUUCUCUCGCCGCAGAAACUGCCAGUAUUCGAGGACCAGAUCACGAUCGACGUCGACAUAUCGCCUUUGCUCAACCCCGGACCACUCGUCUUCUCACCCCCGAUCACGUUGUCGCUCUUCCCAGUUCCGCAGUCGUUAAUUGGCAGUCGCAGCACCUUUGAGGCAGAGUUGUGUAACAAAGCCCUGAGGUGCAAAGAUGGUUCGUCGGUGAUGUGGCAGGACAACCCUAUCGACGAAGGGUGUUGGUCGGAGCUCUGUUCUUUCGAUCAGUCCGAUAUUUAUUCGUUGGGUUCGUACCUUGACGCACCACUGGAGGAGGGAGCGCAGAGUACUGCAGAUACCGCCACCGAGACUCCUUCCCCAUCCCAACUUCCAACCGAAUCGUUGGCCGAGACCACUGCGCUGCAUCUGCGUUCACUUUCUCCUUUGACUAGUUGCGACUCUUCGCCUCUGUCGUCUCCGAGGCUAGUACGCCCGCUUCCAAAGCGUGCUGCCUAUGAAGCAGCCUUGGAGACGCAGCAUGGUUCAGAGUCCGGCGACAAGUUCAUGGAGAAAGUGGACGAGGAUUCAGAUGCUGAAAGUGGAUACUCAGGCGACGGGUCGGUGGGAAGUGGGGAUGACGAAGAUUAUAUUCCUUCCAAGGAAUUGGGCCGGAAGCGCAAGGUGAGGACAGAGGUCGUGGCUACUCAAAGAAAGCGAGCACGAAGAGAGGGUGGGCCUAUGCAUGCUGCCAGAGCUCGCUCGGCUGCCUCCAGACGAAGCCAGCCGAAGCGUGUUGUUGGCAACGAUGUCCCAAUAUCGCCGAUACACACAGCCGACCAGUCGCCCAUCGGAGGCUCGUUGGUGCCGUCUCAGAAGACUUCGACUUCGAAUCGCGCACAGGCAGAAGAGAAUCAAAGUGGCGAGUCAGACGACGACGACGACGACGACGAUCACGAAAGGCCUCCCAAAGUCGGCCGCAGCAAAGUGUCGCGCAGUACGAAGAGACGGAUCCGUCCGUCGGGAGGCCGUGAUCAACGUUCUGGAAAAUGCGUGCCUUGCCGGUACUGCGACAAGACGUUUUCGCGGGGCCAUGACGCGAAACGUCACGAGAACAACACCUGUGUGCACUCGCCAUCGUACAAGCAGGCCGAGGUGGGAGAGUGCCCCUUGUGUGGAAGGGCAGAUUUGUCGAGGAAAGACUCGAUGCAGAGACAUAUCAGCAAAUGCAAAGGUGGAGUAGGCGACAACUGA